AUGGGGAAGAGCGGAAAGAUCUCUCAAUACAGAGAGAGGCUGGACCAGACACUGGCAUCCCCUGAACUGACAAAUCUAGAUGCACUUAAAACCCUUAUCAGGAAUCAACUUGUUCGCUCUUCACUUGAUGAAACCGAAGGCUACGACAAAUUAAUUGAAAAUAGGACAAACCAUGUGUCCUCUUUUCUUGACAUGUUGAGGAGUGCUUCUGUAAGUGAAAGUGAGGUGUCAAGAACCAGUGAGACAUCACAUGAUGAAUGGAAAAUAAAAGAGGAUCAUGAAGAGUUCCGUGUUAUGUAUCGCCCAGGACCUCAGGGCAGUCCCUUUCAUUCAUUACUUGCCGAAGGCUAUGUUGAUGGAACUGUUGAUACCUGUUUAUGCAUCUCUUGGGAGGCAACACUCUACAGGAAAUGGUGGCCUCAGUAUAGCUUCCCACCUUUUAAAAUCACUGUUUGUGAAUGCUUGCAAAAGAUUCGGAUCAGAGAACAGAUAUCUUUACUGAGGGUGAAGGUUACAUGGCCGCUGACGGCUAGGGAGGCUGUUUUGCACUAUGUUUUGUUUGAAUACCUCCAAGAUGGUCUUGUUGUUGUUAUUGCAAGCACGAUCUCGGAUUUGAAGGGCAUUGAUAGAACUACCCUUGGGCUUUCAAAAGAUGGUAUUCCUGAAGCAAAGGAUGUUGUAAGGAUUGAUGUGAUGGGUGGCUUUGCUAUACAAAAAGUGACCUCAGAAAGAAGUUAUUUUCGGUGA